ACUGGUUCGGGAAAAACAGAUUGUUCAAGUGGACUGGUAAAACUUGUGAAAGAAAUCAUAUAGUUGUUUUUAAAACAUUUAAAAGGGUACUUAUUGACUUACAAAGUACAACAACCCCUGCUUAUUUUCACAAUGGUAUCUACAAAUAAUUGGGUUGGUGUAUGGGUGCGAAUUUCUUGCGCAGAACUUGGCGCGUUCGAAGGGAAAGUGUCUACCGUCAUGGACGACCUUCUAGUCUUGAAGGAUGCUGUGUUUGAAGGGAAAGCUGUGCAUUCAAAUGAAGUCAAGAUCAAGGCAUCAGAUAUAACCAAUCUUGAGAUCAUACAAGAUCCCUCAUCAUUACACUCUAAGACAGAGGCUUUGGUUAGUCAGCAGGUGGAAGAUGUGCAAAAUAUGGCAGCAAGUCCUGCAAGACCAGAAAAGAAAAAGAAAUCAGGAGAAAAGUCAGCUACCCCCAAGAAACAAGAAAGGCAAAAACCCUUUAAGACCAAGGAUAAGGAGUGUUUUGGACAAGCUGUAGAGGAGAUCGUUGUUGCUAAUGACUUUGAUUUUGAGAAAAACCUUGCCUUGUUUGACAAAAAGGCUGUGUUUGAGGAAAUGGAGAGCUCUGGAGUGGUGACUGGAGUAAGGAAAGGUUUUAGAGAAUCCAACAUAAAGCCUGAUGAAUCAGUGUUACAACAACAAGUUGCAACAAGCAGGAAAAUCAUUGUACCGGAAGACCAGAAAGGAAGAGAGUAUUCUACGGAAAUCGGCAUCACUGUGCCUGCCAUCUCCCCGGAGCUGAGGAUGCGGUUAAUCCAGACAUCAGAACAAAUGGGUUUGACUGCAGAACAACGCAUCGAGGCUGCCGGACUAUGUGCAUGGCAAAUGACUGUCCAGCUUCUGGGCGGCCCACAGCGCUUCACUCGUAGUAACGCUCAUCAGACGCCAAGUGUGGUUGUAAUGGCUGGACCUCACAUCCAAGGCCUUCAAGGCAUAUGCACUGCGAGACAUCUAGCCAACAGAAAUGUUCAGGUUACUCUGUUCAUUCCACGAAAAACUCAGGACCUUAUUCCUCAACUAGCGCUCUACAUGCACACGGGUGGGGCACUUGCUGCUUCCGUCAGAGAUCUUCCCCGUCAGCCGGUAGAUCUUGUGAUCGAUGCCCUGGCAGGUCAUAACCAGAAAAAAGAAGUUAUGGAACAGACGCUGAAUGCUGUCGAAUGGGCCAAUCAGAACAUGGCGCCCAUCCUCUCUCUAGAUCCGUGUCUACAGACAUCUUCAUUAGGUUUAGAAGUGAAAUGGUCCCUGGCACUUGGUUUACCACUGGCAAACACGCCCAAGAGUGGUCGCUUGUACCUCGGUGAUAUCGGCAUACCAAAGGGAGUAUUCUCUGCUGUUGACAUCAACUACAUAUCUCCAUUUGGGGACAAAUUCGUUAUCCCCCUGGAAACCUAGUACUUUGUCUUUUAUUCCGGGAGAGUCGUCAGUCGUCGUUGGUGCGUACAAAAACAGCGCGAAUCCAAGCACAGCGCAAUAAGUUCCCCCUGGAAACCCAUUACUUUAUGUUUCAUUCCGAAGAAAGUCUUCUAUCGUCGUUGGUGCGUACAAAGAGAGCGAAUCCAAGCACAGAUCAUGGGCCCCCCAGAAAACCUUAUACUUUAUGCAUUAUUCCGGGGGGAAUCGUCAUUCGUUGGUGGUGCUUACUAAGAGCAAGAAUCUAGCGAGACUUGGAUCGCAUACAAAGAGACUGUCUUCUUGGAUGAAGCAGGUGCGGGGCAGUACGCUCACUCACAAUUCAGCUUUAAUCGGCGAUUGGUGAGAGAAAACGAUAUCGCAAUGAACUAUUGAAACCAGAGCUAGUUAAAGCGAUAUAGUAUACGUGAUUUUCGAAUAACUUCCAUUGUUUUGUUUUCUGGGAGUGAUAUUGUUGAUGCAUUUCAGGAAUUCAACGUUGUUUUUCGAUGCCUUCAAAUAUUGAUCAUGGGCGAAGCCAGGGGGUUGGCUUAGCCCCCCUCCCCCCCAGCCAAAAAUACAGUAAAUGUAAAAGACAUUUAAAAUACAGCGAAAAAUGCAUUGAAAGUCA